CUCUUGUUCCCUAACCUGGGCCAAGUCCUCUCCAAGGUCCCAGAUGGCCCAUUUCAGAUGCCUGGUCUCAGAGGUAGAGAAUUAUCUCUGGGAAAGCCCCAACUCCACCAGCUGUGCACGUAUGAUGUGGUGGCUGCUUCUCUGGGGAGCCCUCCAGGCUUGCCCCACACAGGACUCUGUGCUCUUGGCCCAGCAGCUACCCCAGCAGCUGACGUCCCCAGGGUACCCAGAGCCGUACCUCAAAGGCCAAGAGAGCACCACUGUCAUCCAGGCCCCGGAGGGCUUUGCUGUGAAGCUUAUCUUGCAGGACUCGGGCGUGGAGCUGUCCCAGGACUGUGAGCCGGACUCUGUCACAAUCACAGCGAGUGGGAUGGAUCCAAGCUGGCUCUAUGGCCAUGUGGGCUCUCCGCUGGGCAGCCUCCCAGGUCAGAGGGAGUUUGUGUCCUCAGGGAAUAGUUUGCAGCUGACUUUCCGUGCACCGGCCUCCUCUGAGGACAGGACAACUGGACCCCACAAGGGCUUCCUGGUCCUCUACCAAGCCGUGAGUAUGAACCAUAAUCGGCCCAUCAGCCAAGUUAGUGGCAGCUCUGAGGCCGCACACACCCCUGGAGACAACUCCUCCAAGAUCCAGAACCACUGCCAGGAGCCCUAUUAUCAGGCGGUGCCAGCAGAGACACUCACCUGCAGAGCCCAGAGCCCUGGGAAAGAGACGCUGGACAAAGAGGAGACUCCUCACUGUGUGCCUGUCUGUGGACAGCCAGUCACCCCCAUCGCCCAGAACCAGGAGGCCCAGGGUUCUUCCAAAGCCAAGUUGGGCAACUUCCCCUGGCAAGCCUUCACCAGUAUCUAUGGCCGUGGGGGUGGAGCCCUGCUGGGUGACAGAUGGAUCCUCACGGCAGCCCACACCAUCUACCCCAAGGACAUCAUCUUUCCCGGGAAGAAGAGGAAUGUGAACGUGUUCCUGGGCCACACAGGCAUAGACGAGAUGAUAAAACUGGGGAACCACCCUGUGCGCCGUGUGGUUGUGCACCCAGACUACCGUCAGAACGAGUCCCACAACUUCAGUGGGGACAUUGCCCUCCUGGAACUCCAGCACAGUGUCCCCCUUGGCCCCCACCUCCUCCCAGUCUGUCUGCCCGACAACGAGACCCUCUACCGCAGUGGCCUGAUGGGCUAUGUCAGUGGGUUUGGUGUGCAGAUGGGCUGGCUAACUACCGAGUUGAAAUACUCAAGGCUGCCUGUUGCCCCGAGGGAGGCCUGCAAGGCCUGGCUUCAAGAGAAACAGAGGGCUGAGGUGUUUUCUGAUAACAUGUUCUGUGUCGGGGAUAAGGCACGGCAGCAGAGUGUCUGCCAAGGGGACAGCGGUAGCGUCUAUGUAGUGUGGGAUGACCAUGCCCAUCACUGGGUAGCCACAGGCAUCGUAUCCUGGGGCAUUGGGUGUGGCAAAGGGUACGGCUUCUACACCAAAGUGCUCAAUUACAUGGACUGGAUCAAGGAAGUGAUGGCUGGGAAGGGCUGACCCUGGUGCACUGAGCAAUGACACUGGCACUGUGGAAGCCCCAGAAUAAGAGUGUUGAGAUGAAGACUGAGUCCUGUGGGUGGAGAGGGGUUGGGCAAGGAGUCCUUAUCCGAGUCACUGAGAGAGAACUCCUCCUCUGCUCAAGGCUGUCUCACCCCAGAUAAGAAGGGGGCCCCCCAAUCCCUCCUCACCCUCCACCUUCCUGUGAGUUUGAACAACGCCCAGGGAAGCCCUGAACAUCUCAGUGAGUUUCACCUUGAACUUUACUUUCUGCUGAGGUUCACUCUCAUCUCCCUGUUCAAGUGGUGUAUGAGGGAAGUGGUUUCAAUGGCAUUUCAUCUUUGAAACAUUCCCAGAUCUCUUUGAUUGACCUUCAAAUAUUCAAACUGUCAGCUACACCACCUACCACAACUCCCAGGUGCAAUUACAGUGACGGCGCGGUUUUUGUUACAUAUUCUGUACACCAGGAGCUUUCACACAUGUUAUUUCAUUGACUCCUCUCAGCAAAUUUGCAAAGGAUGUGUUAUGACCCACAUUUUAUUUUCUCCUCUUAGGUUUAUAGAUUUUACUCCUUUACAUUUUGUUGGAGUUCUUUUUUAGAUACAGUUUUUUAAUUAAAUUUAUUAGCAUGGCAUUGGUUAUAAAAUUAUAUUUUCAAGUGUA